CUCAGCUGUCUUGACGUAUGUACUUUAUCUCAAACACAGGCUUCCAAGUAUUUUCUUGACAACAUUUCAGGCUGGCACGAAACCUCUACACAAGUAACGCCAGAUUUGUCUUUGAGUUGCUCCAAAAUGCCGACGACAACAACUACAGCACGGCUCUCUCAAGCGGGCAAGAUCCAUAUGUGUCUUUCGAGGUUCGCCCAGAUAAGGUGUCAAUUGAGUGCAAUGAGAACGGCUUCACGCAUGAGAACCUCAAGGCCAUUUGCGCAAUCGGCAAAAGUUCAAAGGUUGGUGCAGCUGGGUACAUUGGUGAGAAGGGCAUUGGCUUCAAGUCAGUGUUUAUGGCGGCUUGGAAGGUUCACAUUCAGUCAAACGGCUUUUCCUUCUCGUUCACGCAUCGCAAGGGGGACUCCGGUCUCGGCAUGGUUACACCAGUAUGGGAAGAUGCAGAUGAGUCACUGGGAGGCUCUUCGACUCGCAUCACGUUGUUCCUGCAUACGAGUGAUGACCCGGAGGAGGAUGCGAGGCAGCGCGAGACCAUCCGACUCCAGUUCCAAGACUUACAACAUACGAUUCUACUUUUCCUUCGCAAACUCCGAAAAGUGCAGGUCUCAUUCGUCGAUGAGGAUGACACUCAAACGUCAAGCACGGCGUACUCUCUCCGUGGGAGCAACCCAGUCACUGUCAAGAAGGAGACUUUUGAGGGGGUGGAGGAGAGGCAGUAUCAUGUCACGAAGCAUGUUGCGGAGAAUAUUCCCAAGAGCGAGAACAGGACGUAUUCCGAAGAGCAGUAUCGCGCCGAUUCGUCUACGGAGGUUGUGUUGGCAUUCCCAUUAGCGGAUUCAGGUACACCAAUUGUCGAGAAUCAAGAUGUAUUCGCAUUUCUGCCAAUGCGCCCAAUGGGCUUCAAGUUCCUCAUUCACACUGAUUUCGUCACCGAGGCCAGUCGACAAGGCAUAGUCACCACAUCCGUCCGAAACCGCGGUCUCUUGAACGGCAUCGCGGAUUGCUUCAUUAAAGCCAUCGAGGAGUUUUGUCAGCAUCCGUCACUCCAAUACCAAUGGAUGCGCUGGCUCCCCCAACGAACCUCUUACCCUUGGGACAGCUUCUGGUCGGGUCUCCUCGACAGGAUCGAAUCGCGCAUACAGGAAGUCAAAAUACUUCGCACGCUCGGCACUGGAAGAUUGGACUACAUACACAAGCUGUGUCGUCUUCAGCCAUGGUUGCGAGAUAAAAACGGUGAUCCGCUUUUCACUGAUCUUGACGAGGAGAUUUACCUUGCGAAGGAGUAUACACGUGAUGAUCUGAAGUUGUUGGAGACGUAUGGACUGGAAAGUAUGUCGCCAUCGGAUGCGAUCACUCGUGUUGAGAAGGAUCUCGAAAGGGACAUCAAGGAUUCGAGGAUGAAGAGUCCCGCUACGGAUAACGAAUGGCACUCACUUGCAGCACGAGCACUCAUCUUGUUGAAGAACACCGCGACAGUGGGUCCAGCUCAGGACCGCCUCAAGCAACUUCGAUUCAUCCCCCUCGAGAAUGGCACCUGGGUUUCUUCAAGCAGCGGGCCACUAUAUUAUUCGCAUUCCUCAGGGAGCCUUGCAAUCCCUGACGACCUUGAUUUGAGCCUGAUCGACUCGGAAGCAGCCAGCAACCCUGAUCGUCGUGCGCUCUUUGACAAGUUCGGCGUCAUCGAGGCGCUUGUGAGGGAUGUACGAGCUUUAAUCCUGAAGAAGCCAAUCAGUCCGGUCGCCGAUGCAGGUGCUCUUGCAGUAUCCAUCGCCCAUCUCAAGUUCUUGUACCUUUCCGAGGUACUACUCGAGGAGAAUGAGGAUCAGGCGAAGUUGCGUGGCUACCAUGUGUAUGACCAGAAUAUGAGAGCACGGUCGCCAACUAAACAUGAUGUUUACCUAACAACAGACGACGCGUAUGGACCCAGUGAACUGUUCAAACCUCAAGUAGAUGCGCCCGGCUUCGCAGCGCCUUUUCUUCAUCACAACUACGUCCAGGAAAGGCCAGGUACACCAGCAGGUUACUCUUGGGGAUGGGAUGAAUGGCUCCAGUUACGCCUCCGACUUCGGCUUCAACUUCGACUUACCAAGAAGGGUCCAGACCGAAAGUUAAAGCUGUCUGCCGCCUUUCUCUACAUUGAGCAGCACCGACCGAAAUGUCUUUUGGGUGCCCUUCAGAGAGUCUGGGAUGUUGAGAGAACAAAGGUCAUGGAAUCUACUGAUAUCAUGAGGGAGUUGCGGCAAGUCGAGGUCGUGUGCAAAGGAAGAGAUGAGUUUGCUUUGUCUGAGCCGCUGUCGACUACUUACCUACCUCUGCCUGAGCUUGAGGGGAAACAUUCACGCUAUGCUGAGGAUGAAGGUUUUGUGUUUCUGGAUUUGGGUGAACCGAUUACUUCGAGCACGUAUCGUUCCAAAUGGGGUUUCUUGGUUGAUGAUCUUGGGGUUGGGUGUACUGAUGAUCUCCAGUUCUAUCUAGCCAUUCUGAGAACUAUCCGGUACAGUAAUGCUGCGGCUGGAGUGCGUCGGAAUACGAGGGUGUUAGAUCUCUACGAAGUCAUUCAUGCCCGGUGUCGGGAAGCUGAUAGCUUCCUCGACGCGCAGGCGGAAGCAAGGCAAGCGAUUAAUGACGGAAACCUGAUAUACAUUCCCGCACACGACUCGAGCCCAGCGAUGUGGACAUCCUCCGACAAAUGCUUGUGGAACGCCCGAGAAGACAUGCAGACGUCAUACCCUCUCGCCCACCUCUACCGAUCCGUUUUCCACCGCUCAGAAGAAGAUCUCGAUGUCUUGCGACAAUUCUUCAAGACCGCACUGGGAGUCAGAGACUGUUCAUGCGAGGAUUACCUGAGCGAGAUACGAAGAUUGAAGGACUUGAAGAGUGAAGACUUUGACUGGGUUAAUGACCUGUACGGUUCUCUGGACUCUGAGAGGUUUGGUAUGAUGGAGGCUGAUACUACAAAGCUCAGGAAAACUUUCGCUGAAGAGUCAUUGAUCUACUUCAAUGUCGGCAACGUAAGCCGCUGGUACACAGUCGGCGAAUGCCUAUGGUCGAGCGCUACACAAAUUCGCGGCAGAGUGGCUCUCAACGAUCUCUAUCCCGAAUUAGAAGGUUUCUUCGUCAGUUUCCUCGGUGUGCAAGAACUUACGCUGGACAUGGCCUACGACGAACUCAAGGAGAUGGGCAGCAGAGUGCCACCACCAUCAGUCGCUGCAGUCAAGGAAACCAUAUGGGCGCUCAAUUCUCUACUUGACACAACAGCUGAUCCACCAGAUGAAGAACCUAUCUUUCGAGGAACGGUCUUUCCUGUGAGGUAUCCAAAUAAGUCAGUGAAGUUACAGUCUGGUAUGACACAAUUCGCUAUUGCCGACCGAAAGGCUCUGGGCGAUAUCUUCGCUCCUCAGGCCAAGAUGCUUGACUUUUCGUUGGACGAAGUUCGUCGCUUGCGGCCAUUCCUUUCAUGGCUCGACCUGGAUUCGCGGUAUUUGUCUACCUCUGUACGAGAGAUCUCUACUGUGGCGGGCGGGCUCAUGGACAAGUUACAGUAUCGGGACAGGGAGUUCAGGCAAAAGGCAGAUGGUCUGUUCAGAAUCGCGGUGCAUUUUAACAGUCCUCGGACUUCAGAGGACAGCUCGGAGCUUUAUUGGACCCUCAUGGGUGCAGAGGUCUACGAAACGGAUGGCAUCUCCUCCGAACUCCAUUUGUCACAGGAUGGCCAUGGUCUAGUGCAUGUACAAGAUAGGAGUGAGCUUCACAUACGCGAAGACGACAGCAGCCUCAAGAUAUACGUGCCACGUGAUCCCAAGGCCCAAGGAUUCUGUUACUUCUCGACUCUUCCAAGACGGUUCCUAGAAUGGAUGAUGACAGACCCUGUUACUUUACAAGUCAAGCAUGCUGGCUCCAAAGCUAUCCAGAUCGUAAGUGCGGUUUUGAAUGCACCUCUCAUCAACAUGGCGCAGAUUCUGGAGGCGGAGGGUGUUGUCGAGGUAGACAUCCCUCAAGACAGGGACGGCCAAGCGACUGAGGACGAGGCUGUGGAAGUCACUGAAGUAGGUCAUGUCGACAUCGAAGAGGAGGACGUACAUGAUUCCACUGUGUAUCAUGAAGCGCUGGAGACAAACGAUGAAACUGGUUCCCACGAGGCGGAGGAAGACCCCAUUGCUCGAUUUCUGGCCCAACCGGAGAUUCACGAAGACGAUAUAUCGAGCGACGAAGACUCAAUGCUACAAACAUUCGACAACUUGAGAUCUCCUCCGAGACUAUCAGAUCUCCCUGUUCGACAGCGAAGUCCUGCGACUUCAAACUCAUCCGUCACUGGACGACGACUGUUCACCCCAACUUCGUCCACGGCUGAAUACUUCCGCCAAAAUAGGCGAACAUCAUCAAAUAUUCACCGGAACGCGGGCAGGCAUGAGUCUUUACAGUCGACGCCAAGAUCAGCAAGCCAGCCACAGCCAACCUUUGUCUUUGGCUCUUCCCCUACAGCGCAGCCCAGCUCAGCAUUCCUAUUCCAGAGCUUUGGCGAAGCAUCCCAACAUCCUACCAUCGAAGACGAAGAAGAGUAUCUGAGACUAGUCAGUAAUGUCAUUUCUGCGGCAAAUACAGCAACGCUUCCUAGUAAGGGCGCUUAUGACAUGUCGGGGCUUUUCGGUGCACUACCAGAAGUAGAUGAAGAAGAGAUUGAGCUAUCACGACAAUUCCGGUCACAUGGCCUUCCUGAACGAGACAUGCGAAUAGGAGCUCUCGGUGAACUAUAUGUCUUUGAACUUCUUCGCAACAUGAAUCCACCACUACCUCGCUUCAGUCGCGACAACUGGCAAAGCCAAAUGCGAAAGUUCGUCACCAUUCAUCCCGAUUACUCAGACAUGCUCCCCUGGACCGCCCAAGAAACCGCCGACAUUGUGUACUUUGACCGAAAGCGGGUAUUGACGAAUCACUUGGUGGACAAAGGCUACCUCGACAAAACAGCUUGGCAGAACAAAAAGCCUUUGUUCUUGAUUGAGGUCAAGUCUACAACGGGACAUAGCCGAACACCGUUUUACAUGAGUAAGAGACAGUAUCAAAGGAUGCAGGAGAAUUCUAAUACGACUCUUUCACCGGCGACGUCGCCUACGGUUUAUCUGAUAGCAAGAGUAUCGAAUGUUGAUAAGACGAAUGUUGAAGUGAAGAUUUAUCUUGAUCCAGAGAAAUUGAGACAAGAUGGAUCGUUGGUGUUUACGGGGGAGACUUGGUCAAUCGUCCCAGGGCCUAGAUCAACUUGACGAUGUCAACUUCCAGGUCAUCAAUCUUCUACCUAUCUCAAUGAGAAUAACAUUUCUAUCGACAUAUUGCAUACUAAUGAGCUUCACUUCGA